AUGAAGUCAAGUAAAAAUAACGGAUCGAGUUCAACAAUACUGUGGGGUGAAUUACCAACACGAGAAAACCACAAGCAAGAAGUCAUAACGCCGGAUAUUAUUGAAAAUAUUUGGCGGCAAGUUUUGGAUGACUGCGGGUCUAAUAAUUCCGAGAUGGAUAAUUAUCAGACUGAACCUCAUCCUGAAUUUAUUCAAUUACCUAUGGAAAAUUCCCUGGUACUUAAUACAGUCGCUCUGCACCGUCAAAAAUCAUCAAUUAAUAAUGGAUUGAUAGUUCGCGGAAUUUCUACUGUAGAAAAACAAGAAGAAAAGCCAAGCAAUCCAUUUAAAUUUUUGCCUCCUCGAGAAAAACGCGAAAUUAAUAAAAAGUUUACCUGCAAUCUCCAACCUUCAACAUGCCGCAGUUUAUUAAAACAUGCAGUGACAGUUUUAAUAGCUCACAUCGGUUAUGAACAGUCGGUAGACACCGCAAUUGAAACCCUAGUUGACGUAGCCGAGACUCUGCUGCGAAAAAUUACGAUGAUGCUAAAGUUUGCCUGUGAGCAGCCAAAUUCUGGAUUUCCUGACCCGGUGGAGAGAAUUCUGGUGGAAACAGGAAUAGGAAAUGUUGAAGAGAUUCACAACUACUACCAGAACUAUGUAGUUAAAUUCGAGGAAGGAAUGAGGAAGACUGUCGAAGCUAUGGUUUGCAAACAACAAAUGGAGCUCAGCAGCGCCGCCAAGAUGGAACUGGACGAAGUUGUCAACAAGCUGCAAUUUGAUGAUUUAGAGAACUUUGUAAAUGCUUACAAAGAUGUCCCAACUCUCCAACUGCUGGAUCCAGAAAUUGGGUUUCCUCCAAGUUUGGACGCCGGGUUCCAGAUGCUUCAUAGUUUGGAACAAGAUGAGCUUAAUAAUCUAGAAGCAGAAGAAGAAGACUCGGAUGUUCACCAUAUAAAUAAAAAAUACAAGAAAUAA